AUGGAGAUAGACCUAGAGCUGGUGGGACGGCCCGGUAGUAACUCGUUUAAUAAUGAUACCAACGGUGGUGGACCUUCACAAUUUGAACCGCAAGCGGAAAGAGAUCAGGCCUCCUCUGAAGAGGCUACCUUAUCACCAUCUUCAGAAGAUGAUUCUCCUGAAGAUGAUAUUCUUGACUAUGAUGAUAAUCAAUUUUAUGAUGACGAUGCCAUCAUGUCAAGAAUUGCGCACAAAGGAAGGAAAUCGCGCUAUUCUCGCAGAUAUGAUGAUGAUAAUAUGGCACUUCGAGUACCUAGGCGCGGGCCCCUGAAGCCUGUAGAACCGAGUGCGGAGUUCAAGACCUUACAGUCUGAAGCUACCUCUGCUUUCAUUGACGCAGAUUAUGAACGAGCUCUAAGUUUGGUGAAAAAGGCUAUUCAUCUGAACCCUGAGAUUUUUCAAGCUCAUGUUUUGCUUUCAGAGAUUUUUCUAGCUCAGGGCCAGAAGAAAAAGGCAUUAUAUGCACUUUUUACUGGAGCUCAUACUCGAAGGAACCCGGAAGUCUGGCUUGAAGUUGCUAACCUCAUUUUGGAGAGGGCUGAUGAAGACCGGGCCGCUGUUUUAGAUGACGUUCUUUAUUGCUACAGCCGUGUGAUUGAUAUUGAUCAAAAGCGAUAUGACCUACGUUUCGAGAGAGCCGCCAUAAAUGAAGAACUAGGCUAUAAAGGAAAGGCCGCUCAGGAAUAUGAGAAAAUUCUCGAGGGUCUUCCGUAUAAUACGAAUGCCCUGCGUCCCCUGGCUGCUCUUUAUAUAGAACUAGGUGAUAUAGGGAAAGCCAAAGCCCAGUACGAGAACUGCAUUGCUCACUAUAUGAGCCUCAGCCUGGAGGAAGUUCAAGAGUUCACCUGGUCCGAUGUUAACAUUUAUGUUGAGCUAUUCUCAUAUGAUCACAACUACCAAGCUGGCAUAUCAUCCCUCAAAGCCUUAGCCAGGUGGCUUUUAGGCCGCAAAGGAGAUUCUGGCUGGGAUCUAAUUGACGACGACCGUGAAUGGGAUGCAGAUGACUACCCCCGCCGGGCUACAACUCCCUGGUUUGUCCCUGGUCAAUAUCCUCUUGAGUCAUAUGGUAUUGGGCUACCGCUUGAGCUACGAGUAAAGCUUGGAAUUUAUCGCCUAAAAAUGAGAUAUAAGGAUGAAGCACUGUUCCAUUUCCAUUGGCUAGAGCCAGAGGAUAACUCACCUGGUGCAAAACUGUUCGAUUACGGAGAUUUGUUUAGAGAAGCGGCCGAUUCAAUGAAGGAUAGCCAACUAUAUGAAGACGCCCUCCGAUUUUACGCCCCCCUUCAACAUGUCCAGGAUUUUGCAAAUACUAGCCUCUUUUUAGCCAUGGCCGAAUGCUACGGUGCCUGUGGAAAUCAAGAAGAGGCCGAAAGGUGUUACUUAACUGUGGCAGAAUAUGACAAAACUAACAUAGAGGCACGGACUAAAUUAGCCUACUUCUAUGAGAAAAUGGGGAUGACCGACCAAGCUCUUAAAUAUGUGACGGAGGCAGCGGACAUCGGUCGGGAAGAAGUAAUGUCACGUCGGAAACCUAGAUUCGGCCCAAAUAUAGCUCAACUAGCAAAAUAUUUUCGAGAUACAGAACGUGGACUUCCACGAGUAGCAGACCAACAGGCUCCCACUGACCGCUCCUCCCUCUCAACUACCGGAAACCAUGUUUCUGCUGAAGCAGGUACCCACAUUGGUUUUAUCCCACCCCCGACUCUUAGUUUACCAAGCGAACGCAGGACGAUUGAUACCGCCCCUUCAAAGCCAGACGGCGAAAACGUGCAGUAUCUAUACGCCAAAAUGUUAGAACUACGACCAUAUAUGCGCAAUGGACGAAAAGAUGCUACGGAAGAAUGGCUUGACAUCGCUUAUGCUUUAUUAUGGGAUUUUCGGUCCAACAGGGUUUUCUUUCCGCUACAAAAGAAAAUGACAUUUUUAGGAUAUUCUAGAGAAGCUCAACGUAAGGCAGGAAGAUUAAAGUCAACAUCCCUCUUAGAUGAGCUACAGGAGAUCUCCGACCGUAUCCGAGCUACAAUGGGAGCCCCUGAAAUCGACGCUGACUCCAUUCCUAAUGAUUAUCAUGGUAUAACUUUUGAGGACUGGCUAGAUAUAUUCCUCGAAUUCGCUCUUGUUCUGUCUGGUCAGGGCCAGAAAGAUGAAGCUUAUGAUACAUUAGGUGCUGCGGCUGAUGCAAUCUUUUAUUGGAACCAGAAGCGGAGUGAACAGAUCCUAAUGGAUUUUUACGUUGUAGCGUGUGCUCUCCGGCUCAAGGACGAAGAGGGAUUAUCCGACAUUGCACGUUGGUUUAUGAAAGAAUAUCAAUUCGUGACCGAUGUUUACCGACUCUUUGUAACCCUGAGUAGGGUCUGUGGUAACCCACAGAGAUCCCUAUUCCAUUCUUCACCCAGCAUGAAAUUUAUACUUCGACAAGUCAAAGCAAUUGACUACUCACUUCCUCCUGACCCGUCAUCCCCGUUUAAGCGUUCGCGCGAAUCCAUAUUUCAAGAGCGAGCGAGCCUCACAACAAAAGAUGCAGAGGGUGAACUUAUACCUGCCGAGGAAAUGGAUGUAGCCUUGUUAGUAUUAUACGGGCACAUUCUUUAUGCUGGAAACAGUUUUACAAAUGCUUUAAACUACUUUUUCCGUGCAUAUGCCCUUGACCCAGAGAAUCCGGCUAUUCUCUUGUCCAUCGGGUUGAGUUAUAUCAAUCAUUCCCUCAAACGACAAUCUGACAAUAGACAUUACCUCAUCAUGGAGGGUCUGUCAUUCAUGCAAGAAUACCGCCGUAUUCGUUCUCAAAGCUCGAUCUUGCAAGAAAAGCAAGAAGUGGAAUUCAAUUUUGCCCGGGUUUGGCAACUGUUGGGGAUUGGUCACUUGGCUGUCGAGGGCUACCAAAAGUGCCUAGAAUUAGGCGAAGAGAUCGAACUAAAACGACAGAAGAUCCAACCAAACCAUGCUGGGAGAAUGGCAGAGUCUGGCCAGCAGAGGGAGGUCUGGCUAGAGGAUUUCUCUCGGCAAGCAGCUUAUGCUUUACAGUGCCUUUAUUUGCAGUCUGGCGAAAGGGAAAUGGCUAAAAGAAUUACACGAAAAUGCCUUGUGCUCUGA